GGAAGGAAAGAGAGAAGAAACAGAUAAAACCAGAGCAGGGGGUAAAAAGGUGCCCCGCGCCUCUCGGAAUCCAGAGGCCGCCGUCGUCGCCGCCGCCGCUGGGGGUGGGCUCCGGAAGAGCCCGACCAACGGGGAGGGAAAGGACGGGCCAGGAGCGAAAUCCUGCAGCCCGGGAAGAGACCGAGGCGCAAAGAAAAAAGUGACUCGGGCCGUGCGCCCCGGAGGCGCCCAGAAGGGGACUGCGGCCGCGGCGGGGGCCCCGCCGAUCCGCCCUCCGCAUCCUCGGAGGGGGCAGACCCCGGCCCGCCCCUAAGGGCGCGCGAGGCGAUGAGAUAAUCCAGCUGAGCUGCGAAAGGAGAGCGUCUGGCGCUGGAUUGGGGGGGAGGGGGUCUCCGCGCGGGGUGGGCCUCGGAAGUGGGGGUGAGGGUCGGCGCUGAUCCCGGGCCAGAGGGGGGCGGGGGCUGCUGGGCCGCGCAGGAGUGGGCUGCAGGGGCCUCGCGCGCCCGGCUCACUCGCGCUGCGGCGGCCCGCGCGCUCCGUCCAGCUCGGAGCUGCCCCGCGCCCCAGCCGCCCGGCCGGCCGGCCGCUCCGGCCCGCGGCGCAGAUGGCUGUGCGCGGCGCCAACACCUUGACGCCCUUCUCCAUCCAGGCAAUCCUCAACAAGAAAGAGGAGCGCGGCGGGCUGCCCGCGCCAGAGGGGCGCCCGGUGCCCGGGGGCACCGCGGUGCCAGUGGCUGAGGCUCCCGCUGUCUGCUGCUGGCGACUCUUCGGGGAGACAGACGCGGGCGCUCUGGGGGGCGCGGAGGACUCUCUGCUGGCGUCGCCGGCGGGGACCAGAACGGCUGCAGGGCGGACCGCGGAGAGCCUGGUUGCUUGGGACUCGGACUCGGCGCUGAGCGAGGAGAACGAGGGCGGGCGGCGCUGUGCGGACGCGCCGGGGGCCAGCGGGGCCGGCCGCGCAGGGGGGACGCUGGGCCUCGGCCAGCCGGUCUGCGAGCUGCCCGCCGCCAAGGACCUGGAGGAGGAAGCCGCAGGCCGGAGCGACAGCGAGAUGUCGGCCAGCGUCUCAGGCGACCGCAGCCCGAGGGCCGAGGACGACGCUGUGGGCCCCGGAAGCGCACGCGUCCCGGCGCUGUGCGGCCGAGGCGGCGGCGGCGGCGGCGGCGGCGGACCGGCGGGCGGCGCGGAGGAGGAGGAGGAGCCCGCGGCGCCCAAGCCGCGCAAGAAACGCUCGCGGGCCGCCUUCUCCCACGCGCAGGUCUUCGAGCUGGAGCGCCGCUUCAACCACCAGCGCUACCUGUCCGGGCCGGAGCGCGCCGACCUGGCCGCGUCGCUGAAGCUCACCGAGACGCAAGUGAAGAUCUGGUUCCAGAACCGUCGCUACAAGACCAAGCGCCGGCAGAUGGCCGCCGACCUGCUGGCGUCAGCGCCCGCCGCCAAGAAGGUGGCGGUGAAAGUGCUCGUACGCGACGACCAGAGACAGUACUUGCCCGGCGAGGUGCUGCGGCCACCCUCGCUGCUGCCGCUGCAGCCCUCCUACUAUUACCCUUACUACUGCCUCCCCGGCUGGGCACUCUCCACGUGUGCAGCCGCCGCGGGCACCCAGUGAGCCGGCCUGGGGCGAGGCAGCAAAUGAUCCCUGCGCCCCGGUUCCGGACGGCCGCGGACGGCUGUGCAGGUUGUGCUCUGCACAGGGGCGCCCCGCGGAGGGGGCAAGUGGAGGAUGAAAUCCAG